AUGGAGGGCGCGUUAGAGGCGGCGGGGCACCGGGCGGAUCGGAUGGGGCGGACGCGGGCAGCAGCGAGGCGGCGAGGGCUGUCCCCGGAGGGCAACGGCGCGGUCGACGCGUCGCAAGAGCCGCGCAUGAAGACGAAGCGGCGAACACGCUCGGCCUCGAGCAACUCUCCAUCGCGCUUCCGCCCCGCAGAAGUGGCGGCCGUGGUGUUCGGUGCGGGCGGCAUGCGGGACAUGGUGGCCACGGCCAUCUUCGUUCUCAGUAGCUCGACCCUCGGAGAUGCGUCGCAGUACCUCUCGGACGCUACAGGACUCGGCGUCGUCCUCUCGGGCAUCGUCCUCACGAUCCUCCUCCUGCUCGUCAUCAUGGAGCCCAUCUGCUACCUCCUGAACGGCGCGAACUUCAACCCGCUGAUCAACAUCGCCCACUACGCCGCCGGCCACGGCAACCUGACGCUCAUCGGCCACGUGGGCUGCGUCGGCUUCCAGUGCCUCGGCGGCGCGAUCGGCGUCGUCCUCGCGUACACCCUCAUCCCCGAGUCGUUCCACGGCAACUUCGGCGCGUGGUCGAACGGCGUCGCGCAGGGCGCCACGCUGGCGGCGGGCGCCACAUGCGAGUUCCUGCUCGGGCUGCUCCUCAACCUGCUGCUCUUCUACGCGGAGAGCUGCCGGAGCAAGUGGGCGCAGCGCUGGCUGCCGCUUCUGAGCACCUUUUGCUGGACCGUCAUCGGGGUUGAGUUUACUGGUCCGAGCAUCAACCCCGCGGUCAAGUGGGGCUGGUGGGUGCUGCAGGACGGGCACUCGACGGGGGAGCACGUGGCGGUGUUCUGGGUCGCGCCGCUCGCGGGCUCGGCGCUCGCGGGGUACGUGUGGCGGUGGCGGCAGCAGGGCACUGCCAACCCGCCCAAACUGGGGCUGCUGGAGAAGCUCGUGGGGUCGGAUAGGGCGCGCCGGGCGCGGCGGAAGGCGCGAUGA